AUGCUGGGCCGGGCACUAAUCAACAAGUAUGGAUUUUUAAUUCAUCCUAGGAGAUUUGUACAUUUAAACGAUAAGUCCCUUGAUGGAACAUUUAUACUACCUUCGAAGAAAAAUCAUAUGUAUGAUGUUCCAACUAAUGAUCCAAGCGGUAUCCUGAAUGCCUCGGAUAUCGAUAGAAUCAAUAAUUUGCCAUUUUUCGAUAACACCAGUCCGACAAAAGAGACAAAUACUAAGGAAGGAGCAUUGUUGAGCGAAAAAUUGGCCAGCGUUAAAGAAUUAUUUGGAGAAGACCCUGAAAAUCCUUCGUUUAUCAAUUACAGAUUCCCCAGAGGUUUAGAGAAUCCCUAUUUUGACAUUCAAGUAAAUCAGCUAAAGAAAAAACGAUUAUCCGUCACACAAUUAUGCACUACGCAGAAUUGGUGCGAGUUAAGGAAUUUUUACGACUUUUAUUCUCAAAAUUUGUCUAACCAACUACUGAACUUAAAAUUUCAGGUGCAGAAAGGUAAAAAGAUUCAUAAAUCACUAGAGGACGAAACGCAUCCUGAAUUAAAUCAGUAUAAAAGCUUUACCCACAAUUUCCUUGCACUGACAAAAUUAUCUAUGGAUAUUGAUAAUGAUAUGGAUGCCCUGCUAGAUAACUGGUUCAACUCUAUCAAUAGAUUGGUCUCUUUAUUCACCAAAGGUGACGGUCAUGCAAGAGAAAUAGUUUGUCAUGGCUUCAUUAACUUAGAAGAUGGCAAACUGGUGGAGCAUUUGCUGAACAGUGAUAGCAAGACAAAGGAAAAUGUGAUUAUAUCAGGUGUUAUUGACCACUUAACUCUUAGAAAUAGGCACAAUCAUCAAGUACAGAAAGGUGCAGCUCAUCUUGAUACGGAAUAUCAGAGCUGGGGUAAUAUCCUCACUAAUUUACUAUCAAAUCUAAAAGAACUGAAGUCGAAUAACGAGAUUGUUAUCUCUGAUAUCAAAACUAGGUCAGUACCAAAAAUACCAUCUAUUGAGUCCGUUAUAGAAUCCUCUAAAUUACAGACAAUGUAUUAUAAGUUUUUUUUUUCCCACCUUAGUCAAGACAUGACACAAACCUACCAUAGCUUUUUAAUCAAUGCCCAGAGAAGAGGACUCGACGUUGAUGCGCCCAUAAAUCCUACCAAGAUUUUAACAUUCAUACUAACAAACCCACUCUUCGCUAAUGAUGUGAAGAACCUCCUGUACGGACUACCGAUAAAUCAUUCUGCUUUCGAUAACGACGCCAAAGGCUCUAAUACAUUUGAUAUGACCGCGUUCAAUGAUUUGCUGGAUAGAGGUCCCACAUCUUUUAACGUUCCGAUUGAGCAAGACGAAGAUAGUUCGGAGUCAACAAAAUGUGUAUCUUUGCGAGAUUAUGGACAUUUUUAUACGAAAUGGAAGACACCUCUAACUUUGAAAUACUUUGCGGCAAGGUUAUCACAGAUCUAUUUUAUUGUGGGUAAUCUCGUUUCGAAUGAUUUAAUGAUAGAAUAUUAUUACCAUAACGAUAAUUUCCACAAUAUCAUCUUCCCAUAUGAUCCCUUGAAACUGGGAACCCAUGCCCAUGAUUCUGCAAUGGUUUGGUUUGGUGGCAGAGAUAUGCAUCCAAUUGAGCCUACUCAAAAAAACUUCAACACAUACUGUAAGUUUUGUGACUACAGACACGUUUGUUCUUGGAAAAAUAAAAAUGAAUUGAAACUUAUUGAUCUAGGGAAAGAAUUAAAAAAAAUUAUUCUUGAAUCAAGUAUGAAGUAG